GCCUGUGUCUCCUACACUGGCAGACAGAUUCUUAACCACUGUGCCACCAGGGAAAUUCCACAUCUCCCCAUUUUUAGGGAAGAGGAUGACUUUUUCAGAUUUGAUGUUAAUUGCUUUGCCCUGAGGCUUAGUCUUUUGUGAAAAUGCAGUCCUGGCAGAGAUAUUAAAAGGUGUGGGUUUGAAUGAACUCAUAGAACCUCAGAUUUGGAAACAUCUCAGGGGUUAUUUACUCUGCCUCCCAAAUUGAGGAAAUGGAAAUCUGGAGAGGUAAAAGGACCCACUCAAGGUCACAUAGCUUAUUAAUGACAGAAUCAGGACAGCACGAGCACUGGAUACCAGAUAUCCUUAUUUCCAGUCUUGGUAACCAUUUGUAGGGUUUUCAGAUUGUUCUCGAAAGAGCCCUGGAGGUUUUGUGGGAACCUCCUCUGUAGAAUCCCAGGGAUGGGGGAGCCUGCUGGGCUGCCGUCUAUGGUGUCGCACAGAGUCGGACAGGACAGAAGCGACUUAGCAGCAGCAGCAGCCUCUGUAGUGACUACUUAGUUGGAGAGAGGUGCACACCCACCCUCCUCAGCAGAAGCGCUUUUGUCUGUUUCACGUCUGUUUCUUCUGUCUUUUAACCAGAUCACACCAUGACAAUCAUCCUGAAAGAUUUAUCUAAUAGCAGCUAUUUGUGGGAGGGGUUUGAGGAUGAGUUUGAAAAUUACAGCGGCAUGCCACCCAUAGAAGACUAUGAUUAUAGUCCCUGUGAGAUAAGCACUGAGACACUCAACAAGUAUGCUGUGGUCGUCAUCUAUGCCCUGGUCUUCUUGCUAAGCCUCCUGGGAAACUCCCUGGUGAUGCUGGUCAUCUUAUACAGCCGGGUCGGUCGCUCUGUCACUGAUGUCUACCUGCUGAACCUGGCCAUGGCUGACCUGCUCUUCGCCAUGACCUUGCCUAUCUGGGCCGCCUCCAAGGCAAAGGGCUGGAUCUUCGGCACACCCCUGUGCAAGGUGGCCUCACUCCUGAAGGAAGUGAACUUCUACAGCGGUAUUCUACUGCUGGCCUGCAUCAGCAUGGACCGCUACCUGGCCAUUGUCCAUGCCACACGCACGCUGACCCAGAAGCGGCACUGGGUCAAGUUCAUAUGUUUAGGCAUCUGGGCCCUGUCUGUGAUCCUGGCCCUGCCUGUCUUCAUCUUCCGUGAGGCCUAUCAACCACCCUCCUCCGACCUAGUCUGCUACGAGGACCUGGGUGCCAAUACAACGAAAUGGCGGAUGAUAAUGCGUGUCCUGCCCCAGACCUUUGGCUUCCUCCUGCCCCUGCUGGUCAUGCUGUUCUGCUACGGAUUCACCCUGCGCAAGCUGUUUUCAGCCCAAAUGGGGCAGAAGCACCGGGCCAUGCGGGUCAUCUUUGCUGUCGUGCUCGUCUUCCUGCUCUGCUGGCUGCCCUACAACCUGGUCCUGAUUGCAGACACCCUCAUGAGGGCCCAUGUGAUUGCCGAGACCUGUCAGCGCCGUAAUGACAUUGGCCGGGCCCUGGAUGCCACCGAGAUCCUGGGCUUCCUGCACAGCUGCCUCAACCCUCUCAUCUAUGUCUUCAUUGGCCAGAAGUUUCGCCACGGACUCCUCAAGAUCAUGGCCAUCCAUGGCCUGAUCAGCAAGGAGUUCUUGGCCAAGGAUGGCAGGCCUUCCUUUGUUGGCUCUUCUUCAGGGAACACGUCUACUACCCUCUGAGACUCCACACCGGGCUCCUUGCUUCCCCUCAGCAUCAUCCCAAGCCCCAUGUCCUCUGGCCGUUCACAGUCCCAUGUCAAGGCAGCUCCCUGUUGUGGUUACAGAAAGUUGCUGAGGCCAUGUCCCUAAUAGGCCCCCAUCACAUGGACUAGACAGCCUGUCCUGGGCCCACCUCUUGCUGUAAUCACCAUGUCAACUGAUAGAGCUUGGUGCAUCCUACCACUGAGCCCACAGUGCUCUAUCUUCUGGCAGACAUCCUUUGAAGAUAUUCUUUUCAAUGAUUACAAAACGUUCCCAUUAAUGGGAACCAUUAAUGUAAAACACCAUUGGUUACUUCCCUAGCUCUCCCUUUCCUUGUCAGCCAGGAAAGUCCCCUUCCCUUGAGAGAGGCUGAAAAUGACAAACACUCAUUUUCCAAGAUUCCCUUAAGAUAGGAGUGGCCAUAUCAUCUUGAUCUGAUUUAUAAAACUUAAAAAUAAUGGUGUGCUGGUAAAUCACACUCCUGGUGGGGGGGAAGUUCUGAUUUGUAUCAUUUGCUAUGUUCUGUGGUAUAAAUAAAUGCUACCACCAUGGCUGAUUUCAA